CUUCCAAUUGAAGAUUUGUGCAGCCUGACAUCCCAGUCGCUAACUGUUACGCUGACGGCUGCGGUGCCAGAAUCCACAGAGGAUGUCCUCUUGAAAGGAUUUGCCGUGCUGGGGAUGGAAGAUGAAAGAAUUGAAACAGCACAGCAGUUCUUCUCCUGGUUUGCUCAGGUACAAACACAGAUGGAUCAAGAUGAAGGUGCCAAGUAUAGACAGAUGAGGGAUUACUUGUCUGGCUUUCAGGAGCAGUGUGAUGCUAUCUUGAAUGAUGUGAAUAGUGCCCUUCAGCACCUGGAGUCACUGCAAAAACAGUAUCUGUUUGUGUCCACGAAGACAGGAACGCUGCAUGAGGCCUGUGAACAGCUUCUGAAAGAGCAGUCAGAACUUGUCGACCUGGCUGAAAACAUCCAGCAGAAACUUUCUUAUUUUAAUGAGCUGGAAAACAUCAACACAAAAUUGAAUUCCCCUACGCUGUCCGUGAAUAGUGAAGGAUUCGUUCCCAUGCUGGCUAAGCUUGAUGAUUGUAUUGCAUAUAUUUCAUCACAUCCAAAUUUUAAAGACUAUCCUGUAUAUUUGGUUAAGUUUAAACAAUGCCUUUCUAAAGCUAUGCACCUUAUCAAGACAUACACUGUGAAUACACUACAGAACCUCACAAACCAGCUAAUGAAAAGGGAUCCUUCGGCUGUGCCAAAUUGUGACAAUGCCUUCACGCUGUUCUAUGUAAAAUUCAGGGCAGCUGCUCCCAAAGUCAGGACUCUUAUUGAACAAGUAGAGCAAAGAGCUGAAAAAAUGCCUGAGUAUCAGCAAGUUCUCAAUGAAAUCCAUCAGUGUUACCUUGACCAGAGGGAGCUUUUGCUUGGGCCAAGCAUUGCUAGCACUGUUACAGAAUUAACCAGUCAGAACAAUAGAGAUCAUUGUGCUCUGGUGCGAAGUGGUUGCGCCUUUAUGGUCCAUGUAUGCCAGGAUGAACACCAGCUUUACAAUGAGUUCUUCACAAAACCAACACCAAAACUGGAUGAACUCUUGGAGAAGUUAUGUCUUUCGUUGUAUGAUGUCCUGAGGCCAAUGAUCAUCCACGUCAUUCACUUAGAGACACUUUCUGAACUCUGCGGGAUUCUCAAAAAUGAGAUGCUUGAAGAUCAUGUACAGAACAAUGCUGAACAACUGGGUGCCUUUGCAGCUGGUGUCAAGCAGAUGUUAGAAGAUGUGCAGGAGCGUCUUGUCUAUAGGACGCAUAUUUACAUUCAGACUGAUAUCACAGGCUACAAGCCUGCCCCAGGUGAUCUUGCAUACCCUGACAAGUUGGAAAUGAUGGAGCAAAUUGCACAGAGUUUAAAAGAGGAACAGAAGAAGCUGCCGUCUGAAGCUUCGUUUUCAGAUGUUCGGCUAGAAGAUCCCGAGUCCUGCAACUUAGUUAAAUCUGGUUCAUCAGAAUCCCUUAAUCCCAGGCACCAGACCACGAUUUCACCAGCAGAUCUGCAUGGAAUGUGGUAUCCUACUGUCAGAAGGACUCUAGUGUGUCUCUCCAAACUGUACAGAUGUAUAGACAGGGCAGUGUUUCAGGGAUUAUCGCAAGAGGCCUUAUCUGCCUGCAUCCACUCGCUGCUGGGAGCUGCUGAUUCUAUCGGCAAAAACAAGACCCAGGUGGAUGGACAGCUUUUCUUAAUAAAACACCUUUUGAUUCUUCGUGAACAAAUUGCUCCUUUCCACACUGAUUUCACCAUUAAGGAAAUUUCCCUGGACCUUAAGAAAACUAGAGAUGCGGCAUUUAAAAUCCUGAACCCUAAGACAGUUUCAAGAUUUUUUAGACUAAACAGCAACAACGCCUUGAUACAGUUCUUACUGGAGGGUACUCCAGAAAUCAGAGAACAUUACAUCGACUCUAAGAAAGAUGUAGAUCGUCAUCUGAAAUCGGCUUGUGAGCAAUUUAUUCAGCAGCAAACCAAACAGUUUAUAGAACAGCUGGAGGAGUUCAUGACAAAGGUAGCUGCCUUAAAGACAAUGGCCACUCAAGGAGGUCCCAGGUACAGCCUUUCACAGCAACCUUGGGCACAGCCAGCAAAGAUCAACGAUCUGGUCUCUUCCACUUACAAGACAAUAAAAACAAAGCUGCCGUCGACAUUACGAAGCAUGUCGUUGUACUUGUCCAAUAAAGAUACGGAAUUAAUUUUGUUUAAGCCAGUUCGGAAUAACAUUCAGCAAAUGUUCCAGAAACUCCAUGCUUUGUUAAAGGAAGAAUUUAGUAACGAAGAUCUCCAGAUCAUAGCUUGUCCUUCAAUGGAACAGGUGAACUUGCUUUUAUCGAUGUCCAAGUAG